UCACAGCACAACGCAUUGUGGGAACUUGUGUUUUUUUUUUCUCUGCUGACGAACCACUGCCAGCUGUCACAAUUCAAAGCAAGCUGUCUGCCUUCUGGUUCAUAUUUUUUGCUACUUUUUCUCUUCUUUCAGGUAUUCCCCACACGGCAGUAUGGGUCGUGGCUAUAUAGUAGAAGAUACUGUGGAGAGAUAUCUGUCUAAACUAUGCGAACAAGCAGGUCCAGUCACAGGCCUCCUUAUUGGGCAGAGCUCAGCCCAGAGGGAUUUUGUCGUCAUGGCAAUUCGGACGCCCCAAAGUGAGGAGUCGACUGCUGGAAACUCUGUGGACAAGGAGUUGGUCUCUGAGCAUGCCCGACAGGUGUCCAGGAUGCUGCCCGGAGGUCUGUCUGUGUUAGGAGUCUUCAUCAUCACUGAUACAGAUGUGAAGGACACCCUGACCACACUCCGACAGCUGGUGUUUGCGGUGGAGAACCUGAUCUCCUCGGAGCGCCUCUGGAACCCUGCAGACGAUGAAGUCACAGAUUCUGUUAUGCUGCACGUCAACACCAAAACCAGGAAAACCGUUUGCAGAACCUUCGAUGUCAAAGACCCCAAGAGCACAGCCAAACCUGCAGACUGGAAGUACCAGUCAGGUGUGUGUUCCUCCUGGGCCACGGUGUCGUGUUGUCUAAAUGUAAAUCUGUUGGUUCCACUGCCACACGACAAAACCAGCGCAGAAAACAUGGCCGAAUGUCUCAAGGAGGGACUGAAAGUGUGGGCGCACCAGAUUGAAAGUGGAGUUUGUCUGAUUGAUGGAAAAAAGCUGCCAGAGGACUCUGAGCUCAUAGCAGGACAGAGGAGGAAUGUGAGACAGAUGUUCACAGCUCAGCUUCUCAUCACUUCAAAAGACCAGAGGUUACCAGAUGUGGUCCAGCUGUGUGGAGGCAGCGUGUCGGUCAGAGGAGCGAUCCACAGCAGAGCUUUCCUACACAGCAACAAACCCAAGGCCAAGCUGGCAGAGAAGCUGCUGAAGAGGGAUGUGGUUUCUACGGUGGCCUCGAGAGUUCAGAUGCUGCUGGAGGAAGAGAACCAGAGCGGAGACAAACAACAGACGGAGCAGCUCUGCCUCCCUCGUCGUGUCUUUUGUCCGGUGAAAGUGAACGGUCCGGUGUGUGUGUGCGACUACCAGUUCAGCGACGAGGGUUUGGCUGAAGUGAUCGACCGGCUGAAGGAGAUGCUGGACAUCGACGCAGCCGAGGAGGACUUGGACACCAGGCAGGAAAUGACGGCUGAAGUCACAGAGAGCAGCGAUACAGCCGGUGUGUGUUUGGAAUCACUGUGUGAGCCUGCUGUGGAACUUGCUGAAGCGUCAGAGCCCAAGAAAAACAACUACAUCGGUGUUGCCAUGGCUACCGCUGUCGCCCUUCUCGCCACUGCUGCCUCGAUGCUGUAUCUCAGCGACGCCUGAGGGACCUGCACACGCCUCAAUAAAGUGUUAUGUUUUGAACGUUU